AUUUUACCUGCUUUUCUAACUAGUACUUCACAUAACAAGCAAAAGUGGUUGCCGAGAAGAAGAUGGAUACAGUUGAGUCGAUUCGGUCCUGGGUCUCAACUCACAAGCUCACCAGCAUUGGAGCAAUCUGGGCAUCAGCAAUUGGGGCAUCAAUGGCUUAUACUGGUUCGAGAACUGCCCUUAAGCCGAGUCUUAGGCUUAUUCAUGCUAGGAUGCACGCCCAAGCCUUUACACUGACAGUGCUAUCGGGUGCAGCAGCUUAUCAUUAUUACGACAAGAGUUGCAGAAAGCAAGAGGAGGCAGCCAGUGCCUAGUAGAAGAGAUUAUAUAAGUUAUAUAUAGCAAUCAAUCUGCCCUUUUUUCCAAAUAGUACCAAUGUGAAACUGCAAGGCUUAUCUCUUCAUUUGAGAGAGAGUAGCAUGUUAAUUAUGAUUCUAGAAUUAUCAAUUAUAACAAUGAUCCAACAUUUAUGACCACGAGCUUAAUAUAAAUCCACCUUAGCAAUGAAAAAAUGGAAGGCCUCAAAGAUGACAAACCUGUAGCAGGAUGUGUGCCUGGUUUGAAAUUCCAAUUUUAUUGAUCACUGACCUGAAAAUGUAAGAAAAGUGGUUUUAAUUAAAACAUUAAC